AUGGAUCCUGACACCAUAGAUGUGCUCCUCGAGCGCUACCUCGCCCUGCUGGACGAGUACACCACCCUGCGCGCGAGGCUGAGCCAGCUCCAGACCGGCAUGUUCCAGCACCUGGCCCGAGCCAACUUCUCAGCCGAGAGGGGCAUGCGCUACGGCCCAGACUUCUACGACGAGAGGAUGCAGGCGCUGCGACAGGUCAGCAUCAGCACCCAAGGGGGCCUGCCAGUCUUCACGGUGUCGCACAGCAGCCGGGCCCGGGGCGACGGCGACGGCGACGACUCGCGCCAGAAUCCUGCGCCAGAUCCUGCUCCCCCAGCUGAGGAGGAGGAGGCGGCGGCGGCUGAGAGCGAGGCGGGCCCGAAGAAGCAAAACGCGAGGGACCCCCUCCGAUGGUUCGGCGUGCUCACGCCACUGUCUCUGCGGCAGACCCAGGCUUGCGCCGCCGAGGCGGUCGACCACGUCGUCCCGCGCCUGGCGUCCCUGAGUGCCGAGAUGCAGGACCUCGAGAUUCAGGUCCGCAGGGCGAGGAAGAAGCGGGCCAAGGAGAGGGCCGCCGCUGCGAGGCAGCAGCAUGAGCAUCAGCAGGCAGUCGCUGGCGAGGAACUGGCCGCCAAGUGA